CGCCCUAACACGAGCAAGCAAGCGCCUAACACGGGCACCAGCUGCCGCCACGCCUUGGCCAUGUCCGUCCUCUUCGAGACAUCUCUGGGCGAUAUCGUGGUCGACCUAGAGGCAGAACAGUGCCCGAAGACAUGCCUCAACUUUCUCAAGCUCUGCAAGAUGUACUACUACAACUUCAACUCGUUCUUCAACGUGCAACAAGACUUCAUCGCUCAGACGGGCGAUCCGACGGAUCUAGGAACAGGCGGUAGCUCUGUCUUUGCACUCUUGCCCAGAGGAUCCCCUCAGCACUCGUCCCGGUACUUCACCCCAGAGAUACGUGCGCCCGCUCUGCGACAUGUCGCCAAGGGCACACUCUCUAUGGCUGUUGCCGGGCAAGGUGACAGCAAAGGCUGCGCAUCUCAAUUCUUCUUCACUCUCGCCGACAAUCUGAGCUACCUGGAUGGCAAACAAGCUGUCUUUGGUCACACCGUCGAAGGUUUCGAUACACUCGACAAGAUCAACCAGGCCCUCCUUGAUCAGAAAGGCCGUCCUCUGCGUGAUAUCCGGAUUCGCCACGUCAUCGUGCUAGACGAUCCAUUUGACGAUCCGGAGGGCCUCGUCGUACCGCCUGCAUCGCCCGUCCCGACAGCAGCCCAGCUGGCUUCUCUCCGUGUCGGUGACGAAGAGGUGCUGAGCGAUGACGAGGAGACAGAGGCAAAGGAAGAAGCCCGACGGAAACGAGAGGCACAGGCGCAAGCACUCACACUCGAAAUCGUGGGCGAUCUGCCCUUUGCAGACGUCAGACCGCCAGAAAAUAUCCUCUUUGUCUGCAAGCUCAACGCCGUUACCCGCUCCGAGGAUCUCGAGCUCAUCUUCUCGCGAUUUGGCACCAUUCUGAGCUGCGAAGUCAUAAAGGACAAGAAGACGGGCGACUCUCUGCAGUACGCUUUCAUCGAGUUUGACAAGCAGGAAGAGGCAGAGCGAGCUUACUUCAAGAUGGACAAUGUUCUCGUUGACGACCGCCGGAUACACGUUGAUUUUUCACAAAGUGUAUCUGGUCUGCACGGCCAGUGGCUACAGGGCCGGACUGGCCCCAAGCAAUUAACGCAGAAGUCUCGCUCACGGAGUAUCACCUCGUCCAACCAUGCCUCCGGUCGGACAAGAAACGACAUGGUUUUUGACUUUGAUGACCGCCCGAGCAAGCGCAGGAAUGAACCUAGCCAUGACCGGCGCGGACGCGAUGACCGGGAUAGGAGAAACUAUCGCGACUCAAGAUCACAGUCUAGCUCGCGAAGGAGUCGGAGCCCGCCCAGACGACGGUAGGAUUGACAGUGAGCAGUGUAUACAAUGCAAGUGUAAUAUUCGCAAUCCUACAGACAUCAUCAUUGCCUCGUUCUCACCCUUUCCAACAAGGCGCUGGAGAUCAUCAGUUCCUCGCCAGUAUGUUUCUCUCGCGCCUUGGCCAUAUCUGUCGGCUUGGGCGUGUUGGUACCCGAGUCGGGAGCCGAGUGAGGAUCGAGAAGCUCGUGGGGCAUCGUCGCCGUGCCCGCAAAGCGUGACCCCUCUGCAUCGUUGACUGUCGCUCCGUCCUCGAGCUUCGGUUGACCCUUUUCUGGCAACAAGCCAUGAGCAUCGCUU